AUGCGCCGACACAACAUACAGAGGCUAUGCCUUCUGCUGCUAGCAUGUGGCAUCGCCAAUGCCAGUCUAGGCGACCACCUACCUGAAUUCAGAGCGUGUGCCAAAGACUGCGAAGAAGCCAACUGUGGUGAAAAUGGACUCAGCAUACCCCUCCAACACCGCCUCCUCCUCUGGACCUGCCCCCAAGAAUGCGACUACGCCUGCCAACACAUCAUAACCGAAACACGCCUCGCGCGCGAUCCACCCUUCCUCUCUCCCAUCGUGCAGUUCCACGGGAAAUGGCCCUUCCACCGCUUCCUCGGCAUGCAAGAACCGGCCUCCGUGUUCUUCUCCCUCCUAAACUUCCUCGCUCACUCCACGGGAAUGUCGAAGAUCCGCGAACAGAUUCCCGCCCGAUACCCGUUGCGGAAGUACUACAUGUUGUUCGGACAUUUUGGGAUGAUGAGUUGGGUGUUCAGCAUGAUAUUCCAUACGAGGGAUUUUAAUAGCACGGAGAAGCUGGAUUAUUUCGCUGCUGGGGCUAGUGUGAUGUACGGGUUGUAUCUUGCUGCCAUCAGGAUCUUCAGGCUGGAUAGGGAAGACGGGAUGGGUGGGAAGAGUGGGACUAUACUACGGUUGUGGACGCUUGUCUGUGCUGGGUGCUAUUUGAUGCAUAUUGGAUACCUUACGUUUGUCAGAUUUGACUAUACCUAUAAUAUGGCAGCGAACGUGGUGGUAGGGCUGAUACAGAAUGUUCUAUGGACAUGGUUCUCGAUCACGAGGUUUAGGAAGGUGGGAAGGCUGUGGGCGGCGUGGCCGGGGCUGAUCGUGUUUUGGAUCAUAUUUGCGAUGAGUUUGGAGCUGUUUGAUUUCCCGCCUUGGUGGGGGAUGGUAGAUGCGCAUGCGCUGUGGCAUUUGGGGACUGUUGGGCCAACGAUUUGGUGGUAUAAUUUCCUUGUCAAAGACGCGCAAGAAGACAUUCAGAGCUCGAGGCUAAAGCAGUAG